CCUGAAUCACUGUUCUACACAUUAAGCUGCAACCAUGAAGUGGGUAGUGUUAACUUAUUUUAUUUUUCUCUUCAGUUCUGCUACCUCCAGAGAUUUAAGCCGAUUUGCUCAAGAGGCAGAAUAUAAGAAUGAGAUUGCUCACCAUUUCAACAAUUUAAAGGAAGAGCAUUUUAAAGCAGUCACCAUCAUCACAUUUGCCCAGUACCUCCAGAAGUGCUCCUAUGAAUCAAUAAGUGAACUGGUGAAGAAUGUUGUCGAUCUUGCACAAAGCUGUGUUGCCAAUAAGGAUGCUCUGGCAUGCACAAAAUCACUGCAAGCCAUUUUCUUGGAUGAGAUUUGCCAAAUCAAGAAGCUUCAUGAUUCCUAUGGGGCAAUGGCUGACUGUUGUGCUAAUGCUGACCCUGAAAGAAAUGAGUGCUUCCUAUCAUUCAAAAUGACCUAUCCCCGCUUCUUUAUACCAUAUCAGAGACCUGAGCCUGAUGCUGUUUGCAAGGAGCUCAAAGAGAACAGACAGUCAUUCCUGGGACAUUAUGUCUAUGGAGUUGCAAGAAGGUUGCCUUUUCUAUUUGCCCCUACAAUUCUCGCCCUGGGUGAUGACUACGAGCUUGCAGUUGAAACCUGUUGUGCAAUAACUGACAUUGGUGUCUGCUUGGAAGGAAAGAUCGCUGCCCUUAAGGAAAAGGCCACAGAAAUGAGUCUAUGGCAUGAACACUCCUGUGGAAUCUGGAAGAUGUUUGGAGAGAAAACUUUCCAAGCACAGAAACUAGCUCUUCUUAGUCAAAGGUUUCCUAAGGCUCCAUUUGAAGAGGUUUACAGAGUUGCAAACAAUCUUAAGGGUGUCUACAAAGAGUGCUGUGAUGGUAACAUGAUGGAUUGCAUGCAUAACAAGGCACAGGUUGUAGAAUAUGUGUGUUCCAAACAAAAUGUCUUCUCCAGCAAAAUCAAAAAGUGUUGUGAGAAAGUGGCGAUAGACAAAGGCCAAUGUGUUGUUGAGGCAGGCCGUGAUGAGAAACCUGAAGACUUGCCCCUGAUAGCUGGGAAGUAUGUACAAGAUCCAGAUGUGUGCAACCACUUUGCGGCAGGUCACAAUAAAUUUCUGGCAGAGUUUAUCUAUGAAUAUUCAAGAAGGCACCAAGAAUUCUCGACUGAGAUGCUUCUAAGGAUUGCUAAAGGAUAUGAAGAAGUCCUGGAAAAGUGCUGCAAAAAUGAAAACCCUUCUGAAUGUUAUGGAAAAGUGGAAGAGAAACUUCAAAGUCACAUCCAGGAGACUGAGGCUACUGUAAAGACGAACUGUGAUCUUCUUAAAAAUGGAGGAGAAUUUGAAUUCCAAAAAGCGGUUCUUAUCCGCUACACCAAGAAAAUGCCUCAAGUAUCCACAGAAACAUUGCUUGAAAUCACAAAGAAGAUGGCAGCUGUUGGUGUCAAGUGCUGCCAGAAAUCUGAAGACAGUCGCCUACCUUGUGUUGAGAGAUAUCUUAGCAUUGUGAUUCAGGAUAUGUGCAAGAAACAGGAAGCAACACUGAUAAAUGACCAAGUUGCGCACUGCUGUAAUGAAUCCUAUGCUAACAGGAGACCAUGCUUCACCAAGCUAGGAGUGGAUGAAAACUAUGUGCUCCCACCAUUCAAUCCAGACAUGUUCAACUUUGAUGAGACAUUGUGCACUGCUCCUCCUCAAAUAUGGCAAGAAAACCAUCUUGGAAUGCUCAUCAACCUCAUUAAACACAAGCCCAAGAUGACAGAUGAAGAACUGCAGACAAUUUUCACAGGCUUUAGUGGUAUGGUGGAUAAAUGCUGCAAGGCAGCAGACCAUGAUACCUGCUUUGGCGAAGAGGUAUCCCUUCUUUUUUCAUAAUACAGGGCCUAGUCUUGAUCAAUGAAAGAAUAGGCAAAACAUAUCUAUAUCUACAUUUAUUUUAAAUGGUUCAGGCACCACAAAAUAAAUCUAUUUUUAUCUAUUUA